AUGUUUCUUGGACAAACUUAUGGUUUUCAUAUUGAGAAAGCUAGAAAGAGACAGGCACUUUGUCGUAGCAAGAAAAGGCACGAGCAAAGUCUUAUUCCUUCAACAUCCAACCAUCUUGAAGAUACUGGAAAUAAACAAUCAAAUUGUAUUAUUGCUUCAACAUCCAAUCAUCUUGAAGAUACUAAAAAUCUAGAACAAAUUCCUACACAAGAGACCAUUCAAAACCAAACAAUGGAACGUUUCAUACUACCAAAAUCUAAAGAGCAAGGCAUUAUUGCUUCAACAUCCUAUAGAGCUAUUGAAAAUCAUGUACUUUUAAAAGAAAAUUCAGCCUGUGAUAUUCAUUUAUUAAAAAAACUUGAUAUUUUAAUUCGUCAAAUAAAUCCAUAUGCUAUUAGCUUUCAAACAUUGGGUGAGGUUGAGAAGGCCGAAGAAAUGAAAGCUCGGUUAGAAAACCGUCCUAUAUCAAAGGUAAAUAAGAUUUUUCGCCGUGAUCGUGCUAAUGAUAGAAGAAGAUUUAAUAUUCCUAAUAUUGAUGAAGUAGAAAUGAUUUUUAAUAACGAUGAUGGAGAACCACCUUUUGAACGUGAUGUUAAAGUUUAUCCACGAAAUGAUGAUUCAAAUUUAGUUAUCUUAAAUAUUCUUAGCCCAAAUUUAGAUCCUAUGGUGUAUCCUUUACUAUUUCCUUAUGAGGAAUAUUCAGGGCUUAUGGAUCAUAUUUCUAAAGCAAAUGAUAAUACUAAUUUACCUCUAGGAAGAGCCGUUAUUUUGCCUUCUUCUUUUCAGGGGUCCGAUAGAAACAUGCGUGAACGAUAUCAUGAUGCCAUGGCUAUCGUUUCUAAGUUUGGUAAGCCUGAUUUAUUUAUAACUUUUACAUGCAAUCCCAAUUGGAGGGAAAUUAAAGAAAAUCUUUAUAAAGGCCAGAACCCUUCGGAUAGACCUGAUUUAUUAGCUAGAGUUUUUCAUUUAAAAUUAUCUGAAUUAUUACACGAUAUUAUUAAAAAAGAUUUCUUUGGCAAAUGUUCGGCGUAUGUUUAUACCAUAGAAUUUCAAAAGAGAGGAUUACCUCAUGCUCAUCUGCUCAUUAUAUUAAGCGAAAAUAAUAAAAUUGAAACAACCGAGUGUAUAGAUAAUUUUGUUCGAGCUGAAAUCCCAGAUAAAAAUAUCGAACCCCGAUUAUAUGAUAUUGUAACUCGCUUUAUGAUACAUGGACCAUGUAGUAUUUUGAAUCCUCACUCACCAUGCAUGGAAAAUGGUUCGUGUACAAAAAAAUUUCCGAAAGAUUUUCAAAAAGGAUCUCAACACAAUGCGAAUGGAUAUCCAUUUUAUCAACGUAGAGAUAAGGGUUUUAUUCAUGUCGGAGGUAAGCCAGUUGAUAAUCGAUACGUAAUCCCUUAUAACAAAUAUCUAUUAUUAAAAUUUAAUGCACACAUAAAUGUUCAAAUAUGUACAUCAAUAAAAUCCGUCAAAUAUAUUUUUAAGUACGUUUACAAAAGAUACGACUGCGCUAAUAUAGAUCUUAAAACUAAUUCGCUUCAAUCUCAUGAUGAAAUUAGAAUGCAUAUAAAUGCCCGAUAUGUAAGUGCAUGUAUGUGGAGAUUAUUAGAAAAUCGUAUGCAUGAUCGAUCUCACGGUAUGAAUCGAUUAGCAAUACACUUGCCAUUUCAUCAACCGGUAUAUUUUAUAGAAGGACAAGAACGUCAGGCAUUAGAGAAAUCUGCCAGCAGAAAUACUACAUUAACUGCCUGGUUUGAAUUAAAUAAAAAUGAUGUUAAUGCCCGUCAAUAUUUAUAUGUCACUAUACCAUAUCAUUAUACUUUCAGCGCUAAUAAGUGGAAACUUAGACAAAGACAAAACAAUAUAAUUUCAAGGAUGUAUACUGUUGAUCCUAAAUCCGGCGAGAGAUUUUUCCUACGUUUAUUAUUACUUCAUGUUGUUGGCGCCACAAGUUUUGAAUAUUUGAGAACUGUAAAUGGAGUUUUAUAUAAUACUUUUAAAGAGGCGGCUUUUAAAAGAAAUUUAUUGGUUGAUGACAAGAAAUGGGAAGCAUUUAUGGAAGAAGCGUCAACAUUUUUAAUGCCCAUACAGUUGCGUCAAUCUUUUGCCUUUAUUUCCUUUGAUUUAAUCGUUCAAUCUAUCGAAAAUAAUGAUUUUGCUCAGCGUUGUUUUUAUAUUGAUGGUCCAGGUGGAUCGGGAAAAACUUUUUUGUAUAAUACCCUAAUGUGCUACAUUAGAGGACGCAACCAAAUAGUUUUACCGUUUGCAACAACAGGCAUUGCCGCUAUUCUUUUAAAAGAGGGUAGAACAAUAAAUAGUGGAUUUAAAUUACCUAUUCCGAUUAUUGAUAACUCUGUAUCUCGCAUGAGUCUUCAUUCCCCUGAUGCUACUGUUAUUAAAAGGUCCAAAUUAAUUAUUAUCGACGAAGCCACAAUGAUGACUAAAUACGCUUUAUGCUGUAUCGAUAGAUUACUUAAAGAUAUAAUGCAAACACAGUUCCCAUUCGGUGGUAAAGUUAUAUUACUGAGCGGCGAUUUUAGGCACUUUACCUGUCAUUCCAAACAGUUCAAAAGCAGAUAUUAUUGA